AUGAAAAUUUUCGAGAACAUAAAAAGCCCUGGGGAGUCCUUCAUUCAAUUCGCAAAAUCCAAAAAGCCAAAAAUCGAGAAAAAAAAGAAAAAAAUAAAAAUGCCAAGAAGCGAGGACAUGGACGACUACACCUACCGUUUCUACCAUUGCAUGAUUUGCUACGAACGAUACGACUACCGGAACCAUUUGGAAUUCGCCCUCACUUCCUGUGGCCACAAAAUGUGCAGCUCCUGCAUCGCGAGUUUGGAGAAACCGAGCUGUCCUUACUGCAGAAAAGAAUUCACUGCCGAAAAUUUGCUCCAGCUUCGAGACGAUUGA